UAAACAUCCUGACGGCGGUGGCCUUGUCCCGGCUGGCGUCCCGCACCAAGAAGGCGUUGUACUAUUACCUGCUGGCCGUGACGGGCUCAGAYAUCCUCUCCCAGCUCUUCAUCAUCUUCGUCGGCUUCCUGCUGGAGACGGCGGUCUUCCACCGCGACGUGCCCCAGCUCCUGCUGCGCGCCGUCAGCGCCGCGGAGUUCGCCGCCAACCACGCCUCCAUCUGGUCCACCGUGCCCCUCACCGUGGACCGCUACGUGGCGCUGUGUCACCCCCUGCUCCACCGGCAGAUCAGCUACCCGGCCCGCGCCCGGAGGAUCAUCGCGGCCGUGCUGGCGCUGGCGCUGGCGUCGGGCGUGCCCUUCUUCUGGUGGUCCGACAUGUGGAGGAACAGCCACCCCCCCACGGCGAUGGACACUGUCCUCAUAUGGACGCACGUCACCAUCAUCUACUUCGUGCCCUGCGGCGUCUUCCUGGUCCUGAACUCGUUGAUAAUCCACACCCUGAGGCGGAGGCAGCGGCCCCGCCAGGAGGAGCGCGGACCGCCGCGGAGGUUUGGGAAGACCACGGCCAUGCUCCUGGCCCUGACCUCAGUCUUCUCCGUCCUGUGGGCUCCCAGAACCGUGGUGGUCAUCUACCACCUGUACGUGUCCUCCGUGCACAGGGACUGGCGCGUCCACCUGGCCUACGACCUGUCCAACAUGCUCGCCAUGCUCAACACCGCCGUCAACUUCUUCCUGUACUGCUUCGUCAGCAGGCCAUUCCGCAGCGUCGUGCGGGACAUUGUGUUGCUCCGGGGGGGCCCCCCGGACUCCCGCCGGGCCCCGCCCCAACACCAAGCCCCCAACGCCUCCAACUCCUCACUGUACAGCGGGAACAACAAGCGCUGGCAGCGAGACUCCACCCCCUUGUCACCUCGCAGGACCAGAAAGCCCUCGUGACCCCGUGUCCCUCCCUCCUUUCAUUAAUCCAAAACACCCGUCGUCCCACGGUCGUCCCACGGUCCUCCCGCUCCUCGGACCCGGGGGAUGGACUCUGUGUUCCAGGCACGGCUGUGGACGGCAGCCAGCGGGGCCCGGGGCGCUCUCACGGGGCCUGAAACGAGCCCAACUCUCAUGUCUUCUCUGCUGUUUGUUUGUGUAAAUCAACUAMGACGACUGAGUAUUUAUUUGUUCUGAAAAGAAUUUAACUGAAUAAAAAACARUGUUUUCUUUUCUCCGUA